UCUCCCCUGAUCGGUGGACGUGCUCACCUCCGCUCCGGGCCAGGUCUAUGUCCCGGUUUCCUGCCGUCGCGGGCAGGGCGCCAAGGCGGCAGGAGGAGGGUGAGCGGUCAAUAGACCUUCAGGAAGAGCGGCCUCCGGCUGUUUCCAUCGCUGAUAGAGAAGAGAAAGGAUGCACAUCAAAAUAUCUGUAUGAAGCAGGGUUUUCACAACAUGGUAUGAUUGGUGUGACUCAACCACGAAAAGUAGCUGCUAUAUCAGUUGCUCAGAGGGUUGCUGAAGAAAUGAAAUGCACUUUGGGAUCCAAAGUAGGGUACCAAGUUCAUUUUGAUGAUUGCAGCUCUAAGGAAACUGCAAUCAAAUAUAUGACUGAUGGAUGUUUACUGAAACAUAUUCUGGGAGAUCCAAAUCUUACCAAGUUCAGUGUCAUCAUUUUAGAUGAAGCCCAUGAGAGAACUCUAACUACAGACAUCUUGUUUGGUUUAUUGAAGAAGUUAUUUCAGGAGAAGUCUCCUAAUAGGAAGGAACAUUUGAAGGUUGUGGUGAUGUCAGCAACCAUGGAAUUAGCCAAGCUCUCUGCAUUCUUUGGAAAUUGUCCAAUAUUUUAUAUACCUGGAAGGCUUUAUCCAGUCAGAGAAAAAUUCUGCAAUUUGAUUGGCCCAUGGGACAGAGAAAAUACUGCAUAUAUUCAAGCGAUUGUGAAAGUGACCAUGGAUAUCCAUUUGAAUGAAAUGGCUGGAGACAUCUUGGUUUUUCUGACUGGUCAGUUUGAAAUUGAAAAAAGUUGUGAGUUACUUUUUCAGAUGGCAGAGUCUGUUGAUUAUGAUUAUGAUGUUCAAGAUACAACUCUGGAUGGUUUGUUAAUAUUGCUAUGUUAUGGAUCUAUGACAACAGAUCAACAGAGAAUAUUUUUGCCACCUCCACCUGGAAUUAGAAAAUGUGUCAUAUCCACCAAUAUUUCUGCAACGUCUUUGACAAUAGAUGGAAUUAGAUAUGUGGUAGAUGGUGGCUUUGUGAAGCAGUUAAAUCACAAUCCCAGAUUAGGGUUGGACAUCCUGGAGGUGGUUCCAAUUUCAAAGAGUGAGGCGUUACAGCGAAGUGGCCGAGUUGGCAGGACUUCCUCAGGAAAAUGCUUUCGGAUCUACAGUAGAUUUUGGAACCAGUGUAUGCCUGACCAUGUGAUCCCUGAGAUUAAGAGAACUAGUUUGAAAUCUGUAGUUCUGACCUUAAAGUGCCUUGCCAUACAUGAUGUUAUAAGGUUUCCCUAUUUGGAUCCACCUAAUGAGAGAUUCAUUUUGGAAGCUCUUAAACAACUUUACCAAUGUGAUGCUAUGGACAGGAGCGGCCAUGUGACCAGGUUGGGUUUGUCUAUGGUGGAAUUUCCUCUCCCUCCACAUCUGACGUGUGCAGUAAUAAAGGCUGCUUCUCUGGAUUGUGAAGAUCUACUACUUCCAAUAGCAGCAAUGUUGUCUGUGGAAAAUGUCUUCAUUACACCGGUUGAUCCAGAGUAUCAGAAGGAAGCAGAACAAAGACAUCGAGAAUUGGCAGCUAAAGCUGGAGGAUUUAAUGACUUUGCAACUUUAGCUGUCAUCUUUGAACAGUGCAAAUCAAGUGGAGCUCCAGCUUCAUGGUGCCAAAAACACUGGAUUCACUGGCGAUGCUUAUUUUCUGCAUUUCGUGUUGAAGCUCAACUUCGAGAACUAAUCAGGAAGCUUAAACAGCAAAGUGAUUUCCCAAGAGAGACCUUUGAAGGCCCGAAACAUGAAGUACUAUGAAGAUGUCUUUGUGCAGGCUAUUUCAAAAAUGUAGCUCGAAGAUCCGUUGGGAGAACAUUUUGCACCAUGGAUGGGCGUGGAAGCCCAGUUCACAUUCAUCCUUCCUCAGCACUUCAUGGACAAGAAACCAAACUCGAAUGGAUCAUUUUUCAUGAGGUAUUAGUUACCAUGAAAGUCUACGCAAGAAUUGUGUGUCCAAUCCGUUAUGAAUGGGUGAGAGACUUGUUACCCAAGUUGCAUGAAUUUAAUGCACAUGAUUUGAGCAGUGUGGCCCGACGUGAAGUGAGAGAAGAUGCAAGAAGGAGAUGGACAAAUAAGGAAAACGUAAAGCAUCUAAAGGAUGGAAUCUCAAAAGAAGUCCUCAAGAAAAUGCAAAGAAGAAAUGAUGAUAAAUCCAUAUCAGAUGCACGUGCUCGUUUCCUUGAGCGAAAGCAGCAGAGGUCCCAGGAUCACAGUGACACACGGAAGGAAACAGGCUAAGCAGUGAACCCUGCAAUUCAGGAAGUAGGAAAAGCAGCCAGGAAAUGUGCUUCUACUUUGCCAUUUAUAUCAGACAGCAGUACCAAGAGGAAGUGGUCAGCAGCUGUUAUUAGCAUACAAGCUAAAAGCAAAUAAAAGUUCAUCAGUACCAGUAAAUGGAAUUUUCAAAGAAAACAUUGAGUUGCCAUUGUCAUAGGCAAUGAUAUAUGAAACCAAUGAAAGACAAUACAUGUGAUAUUUUCCUCACUUCAAUUUUGCUGGCCUUAACUGGUAUCAAAUGCUGUCAUUGAGAUAUUUUCAAAGAACACUGAAUUGUAUUUAAUCAGCGUGUAUUCCAUUUGCAUUUGAAGCAUUAAAAAUUAUUUUCCUUAAAUCUCUUUAAGGCCUUCUUGUUGCUAUUAGAAUAGUAUUAUUUCAGGUUAUCAGGUAUAUGACCAAUUCCUUCAGAAGGCUGAAUAUAAGAGGUUUUUACUCAGCAAUACUUAGAUGUCUAACUGUUUAAUUGCUACAGAGCUUAAUAGAUAUUUAGAGAAAAGAUUUAAUCAAUUAGUAAAUAAGAAAAUUGCCUAUGGCAAGUUUCUUUGUUGAAUUAAUAUUAAUCCUUAAAUUGAUUUUUCUGGGAUUAUACAAAUUCCUUUUUAUAUAAAAAUAUAUUGUUUAAAACAGUAGCUAUAGCCAUUAACCAAAGGACAGAUGAUAUAUAUGUUUUUGUUUUUUUUUAGCUGUCCCUACAUACUUGUAUCAGCACCACUAUGUAGGUGUGACAGUGUUUCAAACAGCUCCUCCACCUGACCUGCUCUCUUGCCUCCAGCUGCUUGGGUAGGACCCUUUAAACAUCUGUUACACUGAUACUGAGAUAGAGUUUUUCAAAGCAGCCAACACUAUAUCACCAGUGUUUCAGAUUGGAACCUUGAGGCUAGUUAGUAUCACACUCAGACCACACUCAGCACUUGCCCACUCUGUUGUUUACUGCCUCGUAUUCUAGUUAUUUGUGUAUUUGUCUGUCUCCCCCGACUAGAUUAUACGCUCCUUGUGGGCAGGGACUAUGUCUUUCUCAUCUUUGUAUCUUUCAUGGCACCUAGCACAGUGCUUUGCACAUAGUAGCCACUCAAUGUUUGUUAAAUAAAGCUAUUAGUGUCAUUAAAAUU